AUGCCCAGGUGGGACUCACUGACCCAGACUGAAGUCAACCCAUGGACGCGGUACCCGGUCAUCUUGGUCAACCUGGGCAUCUUCAUCAUCGCCACUGUGUUCGUCUGCAUCAUUCUGGUCGCGCAGGUGUACUCCAUCUACCUGCGCUGGGACGACAUAUCGGUGGGCCGCGGCUCGCCCCUGGUCAGCCUGGUUGUCAACAUCGACGUGGCACUGCUGGCGCUGGUCGCGUACCUGAGCUUCGUGUCCUCACUCGGCUUCCUAGGAGCACUGAGGGAGAACAUCUGCUGCCUCUACUGCUACGACUGGAUGCUUUUCAUCAUGAUGUUCACCUGCAGCCUGGGUUUCAUCCUACUCAUCAUCAUGCCAUUCCUCGCCACCAGGGACCUGCAAAGCGUUGCAAGCAUUGAACUGAUUGAGCGUUACCGAGACAACCCGGACUACCAGGGGCUCGUCGAUUACAUUCAGAUCCGGUACAAGUGCUGCGGGGUGACCGAAGCCGCGUACCUGGACUGGAACAGCAACAUGUACUUCAACUGCUCGAAUACGAACCCCAGCGUGGAGCGCUGCUCGGUGCCGCCAUCCUGCUGCCGGGAGCCCGAGAAGGAGAGCUUGGAGACGGUGCUCCAGCGGCGCUUCUGCGGCCGCAACGUGCUUGCCAUGAGCGAAAGCGAGGCCUGGGCUAAGGUGAACACCCGCAACUGCGUGAACAGCUUCUCCAAGCACGUCCAGCAGCAGUCGAUCACGCUGUGCGUGGCCGGCGUGGUGGUGCUGUGCGUGCUGCUGCUCGUCAAGGGCAUGGCGUCGCGCGUGCAGAACGAGAUCGAAGUGAUCGCGCGCCACUACAACCGGCACCAGCGCAAGCUCGAACACCGAGCGCGCGUCCGCCAGGCCUGGGAGCAGGCGCACUCUCCGCCUCGCGUCGUCGGCGCGGUCGACCGUGGUCGGUCACCGGCCCGUCUCGUGAUGCCGGCAUACGUGGUGCAGCCUGCUCUCGCCUACUACCCACUGCAAACCUAUCCGUAGUCGGCUUUAUUUCAAGUGGUAGCAUAGUAACCCAUGAAAAGAUUUCGCUGAUUACGAUUUUAGCUUGGGAAACCAUUCUGA